AUGGAGCAGGCGCGCGAGCAAGCUGAGGCCGCCGCGCCCGCGGACGAGGAGGCGGAGGAGGCGGCGGCAAUGGCGGCCAUGGCGGCGGCGGCUGGCACGGGCCCGGCCGUGCUGCAGGUGGCCGGGCGGUACCGGGGCCUGUGCGCCGUGCGCAGCCGCGCCCUGGGCCUGGGGCUCGUGUCCGCCGCGCAGCUGCGCGUGUUCCCGGUGCGCCGCGGCUCCGGCCGGGCCGACGGCGGCGGGGUCGGGGCGGAGCUCGAGGCCAACCCCUUCUACGACCGCUACCGGGACAAGAUCCAGCAGCUGCGCAGGUCUGACCCAGCUGCUUUUGAAUCCCGACUAGAAAAGCGCAUUGAGUUUCGGAAGCAGCCAGUGGGACACUCCAAGCAAGGUGACUUUAUCAGAUGUGUAGAACAGAAGACAGACACCUUGGGGAAACAGCCUGUGAGCAGAGGAUUCACUAAGGACAAGACUCUCAGUUCAAUCUUUAACAUUGAGAUGGUAAAAGACAAAACCGCAGAAGAAAUAAGACAGAUUUGGCAGCAGUAUUUUGCAGCAAAAGAUACAGUCUAUGCAGUUAUUCCUGAAGAGAAGUUUGACCUGAUCUGGACCCGGGCUCAGUCCUGUCCAACAUUUCUAUGUGCACUACCAAGAAGGGAAGGUUAUGAGUUCUUUGUAGGACAGUGGACGGGUACUGAACUCCACUUCACUGCACUUAUAAAUAUUCAGACCCGAGGGGAUGCUGCAGCCAGCCAGCUGGUUUUAUAUCACUAUCCUGAACUUAAGGAGGAAAAGGGCAUAGUGCUGAUGACAGCAGAAAUGGAUCCCACAUUUCUGAAUGUUGCUGAGGCACAGUGCAUUGCCAACCAAGUUCAGCUCUUCUAUGCCACUGAUCGGAAGGAAACCUACGGCUUAGUGGAGACUUUUAACUUCAGACCGAAUGAAUUCAAAUAUAUGUCGGUCAUCGCUGAAUUGGAGCAAAGUGGACUUGGAGCAGAACUGAAAUGUGCCCAGAACCAGGAUAAGACUUAGAGCUGUAAGGGUUGGCUUACAGAGUCUGCUUAGCCCUGGAUAGCUUUCUAAAGCCCACCCGCCCCCUUGAACUUUGGGGAGCUUAGCAGCUAUAAGGAGCAGUCUCUGAUGGGUUGCCCUGUGUGCUUACAAGAAGUAAUCAUGAAGGUGAGCCUAUUACUUGAUAUUCAGGAGUGAAGGUACCCAAACAUUCUGAUAAUUAUCUCCCAGCAUACUUAAGCUUUCCUUUUUAAGUGUUUGAGGCCAUAACCAGAGAGCUAAGGAUCCACAGGAUGGCGACUUGACUUUACACAGUGUAGUAGUGCUAUGUAUCCUUUUGACCACACAGCUCCCAAAUGUUCAGUUCCUCGUAUUUAUAAACUUGUGAAAGGAUAGUAAGCUUGAAGGCCUGCUGUAAUUAGAUGUGGGCUUUGCAUACUCUUCCUGUUUGCCUCUUGGCUGGCCAAAAUACCCUGUUUAGACUCUAGGUCAGCCAGAUAUUGCCAUCGGAAUUGAGACUUCCUCUAGAUGUCCCCAGAGUCUGGCUUGGAAGGUCAGUAGAUUUCAGGUAUAGUUAAACAUGCAAGUACAGUGCCUGCAUACUUUUAAACCAUAGUUCAUUAUGCCUCACCCUCUAACUCUGCCUAUUAGAAGCUAUGUAUUUGGAGGAGGUGGAUCAGUGCAAUGUAAAUGAAUCACAACUUUUUUAAGGAGAGGAUCCAUCCCAAUUUGCAUGUUUGGUUUUAUUUCAUUUGUUUUAAACAACUCUAAGCCAUGCCAGUAUUAUGUGAAAAAGUAGGUAGAAGCAAAUGUUCUCAGAUUGGGUGUGGGAAAAAUGUAGAAAUUAAAAUAAAGUCUGGCUUAUGGUCUUUUUACACUAAACAGUGAAAUCUAACCUAUGUGCUGCCCUUAGUGCCAGUGCACAUCAGUGAACUGAUUAGAACUCAUCUUUGGACUCAGCAAUUGGUUAAAAUGCCGAAAAUAAGAAAAGAGUUAGUUCUUCAUUGCUGAAAACUCACUUUUGGUUUGUAGUGUCACUGCUGUGGUUCCAAGUUCAGUGAUAGAAAAGGGCAGUGGUUACAACUAGCCUUCUGAAUCUGAGGUCCCUGGAGCCCCCCAGUAUUUUUGUCAACCCCCAUUUCUAUGCCUUUCCUUUUCUUGAUCUGAUGUGCUCCACUUUGCUGCUUCUGCCCAAGGUCUGCUUGUGUUGGCACUGAAUUGGUAAGUGGGAAGGUAACCAGUAGUUGCAGUUUGUGUGUUUGUGUAUUUUCUUUAUUAUGGAAGAUUAUUUAUAGGUUGGGCCUGUCCCCAAGCUCUUUAAAUGGGAUUGGACCUCUCAUUACUUUCUGGGCUGUGUCUAUUUUGUUGUACUUCUGAGUCUGUGUGUAGAAUGAGAUAGUGUUUAACCUGGAAUUGCUGCUAGCCUUUCACAGUUUCUUUAAAGGUUGGACUGUUUCCUAAUGAAAAUUCUGGACCUGCCUCUGGUUCUGACAGGUCCUUUUUAAAGAAACUUAGGUCUGGAUGUUUUGAGUCCCAGGAAUCUUUGACAUCAGGUGGAGUUGCUUUCAUGGGUAUACGCUUAUUUUUGCUUUUCUCUCCAGAUGGACCCAGUUCUUGGUCAUAGUACAUUUUUAUAAUACCUCCACCAGAGGGUGAGAAGAUGAUGGGAGAAGAAAUAAGAAUUGGCCUCUCCUUCCUCCCAGCUUUGCCCUAAAUCCCCACUUGCCAGAGAGGGAUGUACACAUGGACAGUUACAUUGGACAUGAUCAAAAUGCCAUCUGGAUGUUCUUUAUAUUUACCUGGUGCAAUUUCACAGAGAACUGAAAGAAAAUUGUAAUAAUCAGUAAAUUUGUACCCUGGUGCAACAUGGUGUUAUAGAAAGUAGACAAGCUUUAGAGUUAAAUGAAUCUAGAUUCAGAUGUCACUGUUGAGAUUCAUUAACUAUGAUGUUGAACAAGUUACUUAAACCCUCUGAUUCUGUUUCUCCCCUCCAUCUGUAAAAUGUGGAUAAUAAUAAUAAUAAUAAUAGCUACCUCAUAGGAUUAUUGUGAGAAUUAAAUAGGCUUAUACAUAGACUAUGGUAGAGCUUAAUUAAUAAAUGUCAACACCCUUCCUCUUUUCUAAUUCCCCCUCCUCUCAUUAAAGACCAACACAAAUUAGCAUUUCGGACAUACAGAUCAUUCUUCAUUCCUGUCUAAAGAGCAGACUUUAUCUCACAAGUUCUCAAACUAAGUUGCUGUAGAAUUACUUAUAGAGCACUUUAAAAAUGCAGAUUCUCAGGUCUCCAAACCUGCUGGAUCAUAAUCUUUUCCGGUGGUCCUGGGAAUUUGCAUUUAAUAUGUGUUCCAGAUGAUCUGAACAUGGGUCAAUCACUAGUCACACUUUGCGAACCAUUGCCUGAUCUGUUCUUGAAGGAAAAAAAAACCAUUAGAUCAUUCUUUCCUAUGGACAAAUAACCUUAGGAUUGAUUCCAUUGCUCUUGCCUCCCUUAGUGGUCUCCCUUUACAGUAUAAUUAUGUAUGUAUGUAUCUUCUUUCCCCACUAGACUGUGAGCUCCUUGAGGGACAGGGUUUAUCUUCAUUCCCAGGGCCAAGGAAAUGGCCUGGACAUAGAAGAUACUCAGUUGUUUGUUGAAUAAAUAAAUGACAUGGAUUUUAGCCAAAA